AUCACGAUCGAUAGACGCUGGCAGAAAAGCAACAGAUGUAUUGGAAUCGCAGGAAAGGCUAGCGGAAUCUAUUGAACAUAAAUUGAUAAAAGCAUCGUGACGUAAAAUUAACCAUAUUUGGUUCACAGAAUUAGAGUUUAGACAACAUACUUACACCUAAAAGCUUUAAAUGUGUUUUAUUUUGUGAAUUUGAUAUGGAAAUGUGAUUUGGUAGCGGAAAAUUCACUAGUGACUAAAAUAAUUAAUAGACAAGAAUAGGAACUAUAUAUCAUACACAGACGGCAAAAAUAUGGUAGAAAAAUCGCACCUAUCAGUGGAACAGCUACCAUUACAUGCUCAAGCUACUCAUUGGAGCGCAGUUUCAAUUAUUGCAAUAUGUGCGGCUGCCAUGAUUACGCUUCUUCUUGUUACGGCUGUUGCCUACAAAUGUUACAGACGUCGGGUUAUGCGCAAUGCACAGAACCGAUUGUCGUCUGCGAUAAAGAAAGGCCUGAAAGAAAGCUCGUCUGGAAAGCGUAACUCCCGAAGUUCAUCUUCACUUAAAGCUUCUAAGUCAACAAGUCCAAUAACUCCACCAGAACAUCCGUCUGGACCUGGAGAAAAACUAUCACCUGGCAGCUUUACAAUGCUUCCGGACAACAUGGAUUCCCCACGUCACAUCAGUGGCAAAACAGAAACUCAUCAUCGUAUUGAAUACGAAAAAGGAGGAGAAACUCCUGAGAAAGAGGAAGAGAAAAGGAUGAUUGAAUCUGAUAUCAAAGACAAACAUGAACCAAAAUAUCUUGGUGCACUGAACUUUUCAGCUGAAUAUGAUGAAGAAAGGUCUGCACUUCUUGUUAAUAUCAUGAGUCUUACUGAUCUACCACCACGUGACCCAAGCACCGGUGGCUGUGACCCAUAUGUUAAACUCCAACUUUUACCCGAAAAGCGACAUAAAUGUAAAACUCGUGUUUUACGAAAAACUUUAAAUCCUGUCUAUGAUGAAACAUUUACGUUCUAUGGGAUUGCAAAUAAUCAGUUACAGGGCAUAACUUUGCACUUUGUGAUCCUCAGCUUUGACCGUUUCUCAAGGGAUGCCAUCAUGGGAGAGGUCUUAUACCCGUUAGAGGUUGAAGAGGUGUGUAAACAAAGACUUACACUUUGCAAAGAGAUCACGCCAAGGCAUUUAAAGUUUCGGGUACAAGGGUGUGGAGAACUGUUAGUUUCUCUCUGUUACCAGCCAGCUGCCAACAGACUGACAGUGGUUGUUCUGAAAGCUAGAAAUCUGCCGAAAAUGGACCUCACAGGUCUCUCAGAUCCGUAUGUUAAGAUUUACCUGUUGUAUAAUGGACAGAGAAUCGCCAAGAAAAAGACACACGUGAAAAAGCGUACACUGAAUCCUGUCUUCAAUGAGUCGUUCCUUUUUGAUGUGCCAUAUAACGAGGGCCUCCAAAAUAUUAGUCUCGAAUUUCUAGUGCUCGACUGGGACAGGAUGACCAAAAAUGAGGUUGUCGGGAGGUUAGAGAUAGGAACACGGACACGUGGUGCGGAAUAUCAUCAUUGGAAUGAGGUCAUGAACUGUCCGAGAAAACAAAUCGCCGAAUGGCAUAAAUUAUCCGAGCAAUAGGAAAUCCCAACAUUACCCAUCAAUAGACAUAAUUCGGAUUAAAAAAUAGUUUGGUUUUCCCAGCUAAUCCGGGGAUGACAUACAGGUUUUUACAGUUACCGCUUCGAAAAUAACCACAACAUAGAUUGUUCCUGGUGUAUUGUGACCGGCAGUGCACCUAUCUGGGGCUAUUACGGUAAACUGGGGAUUAGCUUGGAAAAUCAACCUCCAUUAGCCGAGUUUCGGAUAAUAACAAAUUCCGGACAUUUGUAUCACCUUUCAAAUACUUAAAAUGCUGUCGACGAGGAUAUCCGUUUCGUGGCGUUUAUUAGUGACUGUCAGGAUGUGCAUGUGCAGAGGUUAUAAAUAUAUGUUAAUGCUGAAAGGUGCUAUCAAAAUUUAUCCUUGCUGAACACUAAUAUGUUAUAAUACAUAAUGCAGAACUUGACCUCACUUUUUGAUAUCUACCUAAUGUAAGAAAUGUUGACGAGAAAUUUAUACUCCACGUGUUUUUUUAUGUGAAGUGUUUCCAAGACAGUCAUAAGAUAUAUCUACAAAACUAACUUUAAAAAAUGGAUAUUUUAAAAAAUUGUCUUAAAAUGUGAUGUUUGUAUAGAUAUACCUUUGAUUUUCUUUUUUCUCUUCGGAGCUCGCAUUUAAAAAAGAUAUAUCUUUAAAAUACUGAUGAAUAAUUAAUUCAUCAUUGUUUAUUAUAGAGUUUACAUUGACAUACCAUAAAACAAGUUUAGCAAUGUCCUUUUCAUAUAAAUUGCUAAAAGACCUACUUUUAACACGAUUAAUAAUUUGUCGUGGUUCCUUUUUUUUAUUAUGAUAUAAAACAAUCUUGUUAUUAGAAAUGAAUAUUCAUUUUUUUUUAAAAUUCAAAUUAUAAAUAUCAUCCCCGUCGUUACAUGAUGUCCAGAAUGAACGAAGUCACAAUGAAGGCUCGUGGAAAGCACCGGAGACCUAAGGUGUCAUAAUGAAGACACGUGUCGAUAGCCAGGGCGUGUCUGUGUCUAUAGCCAGGGCGUGUCUGUGUCUAUAGCCAGGGCGUGUCUGUGUCUAUAGCCAGGGCGUGUCUUAGCAUGCAAUACAUAUGGGGAUACGUUCCAUGAACCUUGUUCUUAUUUAUCUUUUUUUUAUUCAUAUUAUGAAAAAUAAAAUAGUUUGAUCUAAUUGAUUUGAUGUUGACACAUAUCUGACACAUAUUUCUUAUUAUCUUCUUUUAACUGGUGACCUAUUUGAAGUCUUGUUAAGUUAAUAUUUUAAAAUAAUCACUUCAUGUAUAAAUACUUUUUUCAUAAGUAUUUAUUUCUAUUAUCAUUAUUUAUGUUAUCCAUCUGUUAUUAUAAUAUCAUUUUAUUUGUAUAAGUAUUUUGUUUCUUGAAUGUGAGGCAUGAAUGAUUCAACAUAUAUUCAAAAUGUAUUAUUUAUAUUGGUCCUGUCUGUGAAAGCAAAUAAAGAAAACUAUCAUUU